AACCCUAUCACAUUCAUUGUGAGCCCUGGAAACCUUUAGGACAAAUCUUGUUAUUAGAUGAUGUCAGAGUGAAAGUGUAUGUUUUUAGGAUAGGUUUUGGAACGGUAGGACCUGCAGCAAUAGAUCUUCUCCAAGAUCCAUUCCUUUACUUUCUCAAUUGCUUUCCCUAGAUCAGACCUCAGUGAACAUCAUGGCAGACGCUCCUGUGACACUGAGCGGGACAGAGUGUAAUGGGGACAGACCACCUGAUAAUGACCAACAGUGCAUCAGUCAAACCAGCAAGGACGCAGCUGAUGCAGGGGGGACCCAGACAUAUUACAGCGUUGAACCCAGUCUUGAAGAUGUGCCUGCAAGAGGAAGUCAAGAAGAAAGUGGAAACAGUAAAGGAAGCGUACUACCCGAAGAGCCUGCAGGUGAGAAGAGUCUCCACGAAAACUCAGAAGAGAACCUCUUUGUUGUUCACAAGGCCAUCAGAGAUCUUUCUCUCCAAGAAGCAAGUGCUGAGGACAUGGCAUUCAGAGAAGGGCAUCCAUGGAAGAAGAUUCCUCUGAGCAGCAGUGACCUAGAGAUGAAUACACAGAAGGAAAGGAUCGCCCACCAACCUCUAGAGCACCGAGAAGAUGACAGUACAACCUACCAGGCAGCAGAAAUAGAGUGGUUGGGGUUCCGGAAAUCUACUCCAGUUGACAUAUUGCAUUCUAAAUGUGAUGAGGAACCAGAAGUUUGGAAUGAAGAAAUUAAUGAGGAAGACGUCGACGACUGCAAUGAUGACGAAGAUGAAGUUCGAGUAAUAGAAUUUAAGAGGAAUCACAGCGACGGUUCUCAAUUAAAAGAGGAAAACCAUGCAAGGGAAGACUCCCCGCUAAGCAGCCCCGGCUCCCAGCCAGGGACCCCCGACGAGCAGCCCGUGUUGGGAAAGAAGGGAGAUAUCUCCAGGAAUGCUUAUUCCAGAUACAAUACGAUAUCCUAUCGGAAAAUCAGGAAAGGGAAUACCAAACAGAGAAUUGAUGAAUUUGAGUCGAUGAUGCACUUAUAAACUAAGAGGGACUGAGAAGCGGCAUGAGAGCUAAAGAAAGUUUAACUCCGUUGUGCCUAGAGGUGCCAUGUUGGCGAGAUGUGCAAGCUUAAUGUCUUUUUCACCCUAAAGCAACGUGGAAAUAACCAUAGACAAAAUUCCUUCUGGCAACCUCAAAUCAGGCUUUAGACUAAUUCCUGGGUGUUUGCUUUUAAAAAGUUAAUUAAUAUAGCGUUAUUCGGCAAGCAUUGCCCCAAAGGCAAGUCUGGCGUGAUUUGUCAUUAAAAGUAGUAAUAGUAAGAGAGAGAGUCAAGGGAAAGGAGAACUGUUCAUGUGACUCCCAUAAUUCUUUUGGUGUCUUUCUUUCUUCAGGCCAAUGGGAAGCCUGGGAUUAAACCCCUCCUCCAUUAAACAUGGUUAUUUUUUUUUAUAGAUUCUGCCAGUAACUUUUUUUCCUUUCUGUUUAUCUUCAAAAAAUACCGUGUCUUAAGUGGUUUUCCUUGGCAUCUACUGAGUGAAAAUUCAACAGAUUGCCUUGCUAGGUGUCACCAUUCAGUGAAUUUCCUCACUAAAAUCCUGAGCAAUUGUCAGUCAGAAUUCUGUGUGCUAAAGUGCUAGCUUUAUGCUUUCAAAAUGAAUGAAAUCCAUUGUGAAGUUGCUCCAGGGAGGGGCUAGAUGACUGGUGAGCAAUAGACUAGAGAAUUGUAUUGGACAGCUUUAUUUUUGUUACUGAAAACAAAAUCUUGUCUAGCACAACGGAAAUAAUUAAAAAUAAAAAUGGCAAUUUUAGCACAAUUUUAAGAAAAUGCCUUACUCCAUUACCACCCGUUCUUGUAUUAACAGUAUUUCAAAACCAUUUUCUUUGCUUAGAAAUGAGAGACAAUGGCAGUCAUAACUGUACUAGUUACUAUGAAAAUGCAAAUAAUUAUCUUAGACUAUUUUAGAAGUAGGGUGUGAGCAUACAUAUUUUUAGUGAAAAAGCUGAUAGUGGUGGGGAAUAUAUACUUUAUUGGACCAAAGCCCAAACCAAGAAGCUUAAAAUUGUACUUGUGGAGCUUCACUCCAACCAACAUGUCAAAUAAUGCAUUGAAUAUUUAUGAAAAGAGUAUAUUUAUACUCUUGGAGAGUUUAUUCCACAAAUAUUCAUUUUCUGCUUCUGUAUGUAUUGCUUUGAACUUUCUGUUACCACAGAUAAAAAUAUCUUUUGGAUCCAAAUAAAAGACAAUUCCUUAUUGUCUGAAUGUAA